CUCCUCGGCAGCAACAACUGGGAAGGCCUACUUGACCCCUUAGACCUCUCCCUCCGCCGCUUCCUCCUCCACUGCGGCGACCUCGUCCAGUGCGUCAGGGACGAAAACUCCCCCUACGUCGGCAGCAGCCGCUACGGCGAGAAAACCUUCUUUCGCAAGGUCAAGUUCCCCUCCGCCUCCGCCUACCAGAUCUCCUCCUUCCUCUACGCCACCGCCACCCUCGACAUCUCCCCCGACAUCGAGACCAACUUCAUCGGCUACGUCGCCACCUCCACCUCCACCAUCCCCGGCCGCGGCCGCGAGAUCUACGUCGCCUGGCGCGGCACCGAGUCCACCCUCAAGUGGCUCGACGACGCGCACAUCGCGCCCGUCUCCGCGUCCGCCAUCACCCCCGGCGCCCCCGGCAAUAUCAUGGACGGCUGGAUCAGAAUCUACACCUCCUCAAACCCUAAUUCCCAAUUCGGAAAGCUCAGCGCCCGCGACCAGCUCCGCGCCCAGAUUCUCCAACUUCGGGAUCAAUACAAAGAUGAAGACCUCAGCAUAGUGGUGGCGGGGCACAGCCUGGGCGCGGCGCUGGCCGUGCUCUCGGCGUUCGACCUCGUCGAGAACGUCGUCCCCGACAUCCCCCGACACCGAAGCACGCUCUGAACGGCGCCACCGCCGCCGUGCUAUUGAUCCCCAAAUUCGCAGACCUAGAGAGAGAAAGAGGAGAGAUAGAGAGAAAGAGGGAGAGGAGAUGAAAUGGGCUAUUUUAGGCUGAGGGGCAUUUCGGUCAUUUCAAUCACAAAGUGGACAGUUUUUAUUAUUUUUAUCUUAGUGGACAUUUUUUAUCUUUACAAUAUGAAAGUGGACAGUUUUAUAUAUUUACUCUA